GCAGAUGUCCACAACAUGAGACUGACUGGUUCAGCAAAGAUGCGGUUAGCUAUAGUCCAAAUUCUGGAAUACCAAACACACACUUUGGAAGUUAUCAUAUUAUCUGGGGUUGGAGUAAUUGUCUUACAGCUGGCGUAAGCAUGUGGACUUCAUUGUUUAUAUUUUAUAAGUAAACUUAUCUGCACUUUAUAAUGUCUAAUACUAUCGGCUCCACUAUUAUUGCCUGCCUGGUAAAGUUUCCAUUGACUUGUAGCAGAAGAUGAGUACUAGUUCAUCUGUUACUCCUGUGGUCCAGAAAAGGCUUGAAGGGAAGGUUGCCAUUAUUACUGGUGGGGCUAGCGGAAUUGGGGAGAGCACAGUCAGACUGUUUGUCCAACAUGGUGCCAAAGUCCUGAUUGCAGACAUUCAAGAUGAGCUCGGCAACUCCCUUUGCCAAGAACUUGAUUCCUCAGAAUCAAUCACAUACGUCCAUUGCGACGUUACAUCUGACACUGAUGUCAAGAAUACUGUGGAUCUUGCGAUCUCCAGGUAUGGAAAGCUGGACAUAAUAUUUUGUAACGCCGGGAUCUCUGGCAUAUUAGAAUCAAGAGUUGUAGCUACAGAUAAUGAGGAUUUUAAGAGGGUGUUAGAUGUGAACCUGUUUGGUGCUUUUUUGGGUGCAAAACACGCUGCGAGAGUAAUGAUUCCGGCCCAGAAAGGAUCUAUUGUCUUCACAUCGAGUGUUGGUUCAGUUUGCGCCUCUGGUAGAGGGCACGCAUAUAUAGCAUCAAAACAUGCUGUGGUAGGGUUGACUAAGAAUUUAUGUGUGGAGCUCGGGAAGCAUGGGAUCCGGGUUAACUGUAUAUCUCCGCAUGGAGUAGCGACUCCAAUGAUGAGGUCACUUAUGGGGAUGAUGGAGAAGGAUAAGGUUGAGGAAGUGGUUUCUUCUGCUGCAAAUUUGAAAGGUGCGACUUUGGAAGCACGAGAUAUUGCAGAGGCGGCAUUGUAUCUGGCGAGCGAGGAAUCCAAGUAUGUGAGUGGAAUCAACCUGGUGAUUGAUGGAGGUUAUAGUACUACCAACCCUGCCCUUCAUAUGCAAACAAAUAGUUUGUUUUCUUGAUCUUUUUUUUUUAACUCUCUUAUGUACAAUAAGCCUCAUUAAGAGGUGGUCCGUUGUUGGUUUUGUGGACUUUUGUAGCUUGUCAUCUCUGAAAAAGAAAAACUCAAUCCCCUAUGGAUACUUAAAAUAAUUGGUUCCAACUUCGAUCUAUUGAUAACAAUGUUUGAAUCUCCUUCAAUAAUAAUCAAAAGUGUUGCAACAA